AUGGGUUACAACAAGCUGUGUCUGUUACUGCUGCUGAGCAGCUACACAUUGGCUCAGGAAGGCCAUGGCAAUAAUGAACAAACUACAACAUGUCUGUUGACAUCCAGAUUCAAGGCCUACAAGAAAUAUGUGUACCAGUAUACCACGGAGAGCAGGAAUGCUGUGGUGGGCACUGCCAACCUGAGGAACGGCCCUAAAGUCUCUUGUCAGGUAGAGAUUGAAGUCCCACAGUCGUGCAGAUUCAUCAUGCACACCAGGGACUGUGCUCUCAGUGAGGCAUCAGUCAUUAAUCCCCAGGGCAAGCUGGUCUACAAGCAGGCACCCACCUCCGAUGCCUUCCAGGCUGCCAUGGAAAAGAAUCCUCUGAAGUUUACUGUGGAGGGAGUCACCAAUGUCCAGCUUUACCCCGAAAGUGAUGAGCCAGUCAACAUCCUUAACAUUAAGAGAGGAAUCAUUUCCGCACUCGUGGUGCCCGUCAUGGAGGAUGAACAGAAUAGCUUCAUGAGCACAGUCCAUGGCCAGUGUUUAACCAACUACCUGGUGAAUGCCAGGAAGGAUAUUGCCACAGAUGUGACACUGUCCAGAGAUCUUUCCCAGUGCGACCAGUUCUACAGCAGGGAACUGAGCAACAGCCCCCUUGCCCUAUUGCAAAAACUGCAUCGCCCCAUGUCUAAGAUGAUCACAAGCUCUCAAGACUGCAACUACCAGUUUGAUAACAAGGGAAAGCACAUCACGACAGCCACGUGCACAGAAAAACACAUCUACUGGCCCUUCUCCCAUGAGGACAAUGAAAUAUCAUCUGUGGUGACCCAGGUUCUCGGCUUUCAAAGCUCCAAAAGGAUUAACAAUAGAGUAUUUGAUGUGAUCCGCAGCCAGAGCAAGCCACUCCACUUUGAAAACCCUGACAAUAAAGCUCCAGUCCAGACAAAGGACACAGUUCUCAGCAUCCUGCGAGACCUCAUGGCUUUGGCAGGCACAGACCAGGGUCAGAAGAGGACCAGCCUUUUCCAUAAGCUGGUGUCGAGCCUCCGCGCUCUGAGGAACGACACCCUGAGCCCGACAGUCAUUGAGAUGUUGGAUAUGUCAAGUUGGCUCACUUGGCAGGCACUGUUCCAGUGUGGGACCCCAGAGUGCACCAGUGCCAUCCUCCAGGCUAUCCGGACCAUUGAUGGGGUGUCACUAGAGGUGGACGCUCUCGUCUAUGGGUUGAGUCUACAGGCUAGCCCUGAUGCUGCACGUGUCCGAGAUAUGCUCAGCAUGGCUCAGUAUAAACAGAGCAAGGCAAUCAUGUAUGCUCUAGCCAACACAGUUAAGAAGUUCCAUAAAGGUGAAGUUUCUCCAGUGGUUGAAGAUGUGGCAAAAUUCAUGGAAACACUCUUGAAUGACUGUUCAGGAGAAAUCUCUGAUUAUGACACUCAUCCUGAAGAGAUGUCCUUUCUUGUACUGAGGGUUAUUGGUGUCAUGGGUCAAGCCAUGCAAGCUGUCAGCCCCAGCCUGAUUUCCUCUAUUUUGCGGUGUGCUCAGAAAACAGAUAUUCCAUUAUCAAACCAAAAGGCAGCUGUGCAGGCCUUUAGGUUGAUGGAUUUCAAUCAUGAGGUCAGAACUGUUCUCAUGGAAGUGUACCAGGAUGAUCAGAGCCCUGUUGAAAAACGCAUAGCAGCCUACCUGAUUCUGAUGAAGAACCAAGACCAAGCACUGGUUAGAGACAUUGUGAAAGACUUGGAGAGUGUAAGAGACAAGCAGCUCUGGAGCUUUGUGGUCUCCCACCUAAACAACAUCCGCAACUCAGACGAGCCACAGAUGCAUCAACUCAGGGAGUACAUUGAGUUGGCCUUGAAUGACCAGCUAUCACCCUCAAACAAGGUAUUUGAUGGCAUGUCACACAACUACAAAACAGACUCUCCCUUGGGUUCAGUACAGAGCAACAUUAUCUUCGAUGACAUGAACACUAUACCUAAGGAGGUGAUGCUGGAGACCACACUUAAGGUUUUUGACUACAACUAUGACAUCUUUGAGGUCGGUGUUGAGGGAACAGGAUUUGAACCAACAAUUUCUGCUCUCUUUGGGGAAAAGGGUUUCUUCCCAGACUCCAUCUCCAAAGUUAUGUACUGGGCAGGUGACACAGCCCAGAUCCUCAGAGAGGCUUUGGACAGAAUGGGCCCUGUCAGAGACAGAAUGAAGAGACAGGUCCCACAGAAUCUUUUGAAAGACAUCACAAGCAGUGUCCAGAAGCUCAUAGAAGAUGUGUCUCUCUCUCAAGCCCCUGAAGCCAUUGCCUAUCUUCGACUUUUGGGAAAUGAGAUAGGAUACAUGAAGACCAGUGAAAUGAGAAAGAUGGCUGAGACUCUGUCCAUGUACUACCAUGUUUUCAUCAGGAUUCUGCCUGUCAAGGCCUUUUUUGCACUGACAUCUAGCACUGAAAAUGAAGUCUUUGCCCACUAUAUCUUCAUGGAGAAUGCCUUUUCUCUACCCACUGCCUCUGGCUUCCCUCUGAAAUUCUCACUGGCUGGUGUGUUUGCACCUGGCGCCAAAGGAGGCCUGACCCACUCAUUUGCUAGGACUGAUCUGUCCUUCAUGCCUUCAGCUGGGCUAGAAUUCAUUACCCAAAUGGGUGUGCACAUUCCAGACUAUGUCGAGGCUGGGCUGGAGAUGCACACUAAUAUGUACCAUGAGAGUUCUCUCAAUGCUAAGGUCACCAUGAACAGAAACCAGAUGAGACUGUCUAUCCCUGCUCCUAAGUCAAACACUCAGUUGCUCAGUUUUAGCAACAAGCUGCUGUCAAUCUCCUCCGGUCAAACAGAAAUCAUGCCAUCCUUGGUUGAGGACCAGAUGCGCUCAAGUGACUGCCAACCCCUAUUCAGUGGUCUGAAAUUUUGCACAAUAGUGCGCUACUCCAAUGCUACUUCCUUGGACCAGGCCCCAUAUUAUCCACUGACUGGAGAAACCAAGUUUGCGGUUGAAAUCCAGCCCACAGGGGAAGUUUCAGAAUACACAGCCACCAUCACUGAUGAAACAUUCAGAGAGGGUAAAAGGGGCCGUCAUAAAGUACAGUCUGUGAAGCUAACCCUGAAGGCAGAAGGUGACGAUUCAACAGAGGCCACUGCAUCUCUGAAAUACAAUCACAAUAAGAACAUUCUCACCAGUGAGGUUGUCAUUCCUAACUACGAUGUGGAAGCAGGCAUCAAGCUGGUUGUAGCUGACAGCGAUGCCAAAGGAAAGAAGAUGCGAGGUAUCACCAUUGAUGUCACCAACAGGAAUGCCCCACAGCUGACUCUUGUCGGACGCACAAGGCUUGACAUGAUGAAGGAUGCCAUGCUUCAACUCGAGAUGGUCAUCCCCUCUCUGAAAACUGAUUCCUCUUUCACUGCUACCCUGAAGAAGGAUGAGGAUGUGCUCAUGGACUUAGAGACAGUCAUCAGGCUCCCUGAGACAUCCUACCAACAGAAAGCUUCUCUUAAAUACAAUGAUGACAAGUUUGAACUGGAACUGAAAUCGGACCUGAAUUCAGAGAUUCAGAAAUUGAUCCCGAAUGUAGAGGAUCACCACAGGCAGCUGCAACAGCUCAUUGAUCAUAUCCUGGACCAGAAAGUGGCAAUGACUGACAUGAAACACCGUCACAUUGUCACCAAAGGAAUUGAGGCAGGUAAUAUAUGGCUGGAAAAACUGACAGCACGUAUCCCUUUUCUUGCAAACCUGCGAAGUAAGAGGAGCAUCUCAGAUCUCACCUUGCCAGCCUUGCCUGAGAAACUGUUUCUGCAGUUUGACAGCCUGUUCCAAUACCAGUUCAACAAAAAUAAAAUGGCCAUCUCGCUUCCUCUUCCACUUGGAGGCAAAAAGUCAGAAGAACUUAACAUCCCAAACACGCUGUCUAUUCCUCUCAUAGAUUUACCAGAGAUAGGCCUAUAUAUCCCUGCCAAAAACUAUCCGGUACCAUCAUUCACUAUACCGCUUUCUUUGGAUUUUACCGUCCCACUUCUCGGUCUGGCUGAAGCAUCCACCAAGAUCAACAGCAACAUCUACACCUGGGAAGGCUCCAUCACUGUUGGCAACAACACUGUUGAUGUCCCCAGCUACAUUGCACAGUACAAGGCCAUGGCCCAAUCGCCUUUCAACUUACUGUCAUACGAUCUUGAAGGGACCGGAAUGAUUUCAGGAAGAGCUGACGAUAAUCUCAAGUAUCUUCUAAAUAGUUCCUUCAGCCAUACUCUCAUUGACACAAGCCUUAGUGUCUUGGAAAUGUUAAGUGUAAAAAACAAAUUGAAUGCAAGAGCCAACUAUAAGUUUGAAGCCUCUAGUCCAUUAGGUCUGCAAGCAUCUCUCUACUACUCUGCUCAGUCAACAUCCACUCUCAAUUCAGAUGAAGUCUCAGGAGAUGGCACAUUGGAUGGAUUGCUUAAACUAGGUUCAUUCUACACCAAUACCUCCUACACCCACAGCUACAACCUGCAUUCACUAGAUAGAGAGGGAAGGGGAGAGUCAAUUCUACACCUCAACUCACCAUUCGUCCAAGUUCACAACGUGAUUCAUGGAGUCUACAAAAACUCUGAGUUGAACAUUGUAUCCAAAACGAAUUCCCAAAAGGACAUCCUCAAGCAUGUAGCAGAGCUCAAGUAUAAAGAUGCACAACUGACCCUAAAGUGCAGUGCCAUUGCCACAGCCAUGGGUAAAUCACUCAAUAACAAAGCUGAGCUCGGCCUGUCCAGCCAUAUGGCCAUCCUCAGAAUUGAAUCACAGGUGGAUGAUGACACAAAUAUGGCAUACUCACUUAUAGAAGGAUCCCUGGAUUCAAAUGGGCUUCAGGUAACCUCUGAAGGUUCCCUGAGCCUUGACACAGGUCACCGUGGAUUGCACAAAGCCUCCGUUGUUGUGGGCAGAAAUGGUCUGACCACAAGUGGAACUAACAGCAUUCAGUGCAGCCCUGUCACAGUGGAGAAUGUCUUCAGUGGUGCCAUAGACAAUAAUGGAGCAAUUCUGUCGUCCAGGACCAAAGCAAUGGGUGAGGAGAGCAGAGGAGAGCUGAAUAUUGAGGGUAAAAUCACAGCGAAGGAAACCUCUUUGUAUAGUCACCUUAAUGGCCAUGCAUACGAUGCAACCACAAGAAACAACAUGAAUAUUGUACUAAACCGAAGGGCUCUCACCUUUACUGGCAAUACCAUGGGAACAUUGAAGCAGAUGAAUUCAGAAAGUAGCCACACACUGACCCUCACUUUGUGGACCCUAGCCCUCCACUCCAAGACUAACAACUUUAUCUGUGAAGAUAUUUAUUACAAGCAAGACACCAAAGCUGAUAUGAAGCCAUUUCUUUUGUCAUUUGAUAUGAUAAAUGACUUCAAGUUUUAUGAUGUCAAUUUGAACACUGAAGGCCACAUAAAGCUUGAGCCUGUUAAGGUGGAUCUGAGCGGAAGUAUGAGUGGAGCUUAUGGAGGAGAACACAACAUCAAAAAUACCUACAAACUCAAAUAUGACAAUAUGGCUGGUACAGUGAAACAUAGCGUGUCUGGAAAAGUAAUGAAUGCACAGUUAAGUCACAACUGUGACCUUGAGUUUGCUGGACUUUCUUCCAAGUCAGAUUGUGAAACACAGAUCAAUUCUGAGCCUCUACAUUUUGACAGCACCAUUCGCACCAUGGCACUGCCUUUCAGUCUGACUGUUGAUGCUCUUGUCAACAGUGAUGGAGAAAUGAAUCUAGGUGGAAAACACACUGGACAGCUGCACAGCAAGUUAUUACUUAAAGCUGAGCCCCUAGCUCUUGCAUACUCACAUGACAGCAGAGUAUCAACCGCACAUAUGCUUCCAAGUGGGAAGUCUUCCACUAAUUUAGACAGCAAAGUUGAUGGUCUCCUGACACCAAGUGACCAAUCUCUGACCUGGAAAGUAAAAUCUGAACUAAACAACCAUGCUUACAGCCAGGUCAUUAGUACUUACAACAAUCAUGAGAAUAUUGGAUUUGAGUUUUCGGGAAUAAUGUUAACAGACAUUUUCAGCAAAUUUGGCAAAGACAAGAGAUCACUACCAGAAAUAGAAGAAUUCAGUAUGGCUGGUGUGCUCAAGUAUGACAGGAACAGUGACUGUCAUAUCAUUGAGAUCCCAUUCAUUGAGAGCUUUCCUGCUGCUUUUGAGCAAUUCAAGAGCACACUUGUACAAGCCUUAGAAUCACUUCAAAAGUUCAUCAACAAUUUAAAUAUUAAUAAGCUAAUCACUGACUUUAGAACCAGGUUAGACCGCCUUCCAAUGCAAGUGAGUGACUUCAUGCAAGAAAUGGACUUGGAGGACAAAAUUAAUCGAGUAAAAGUAAAACUUGAUUAUUUGAUUGAUGAGUUUGCUGUAACGAUGGAUGACUUUGAGGUUAUAAUGAGCAACUUGAGAAAGAACAUGGAAAAUGUGGUGAUAGACAUUGCCACCAAACUUAGAGACCUCAUCCUUACAGUCAAAGACUAUGUCCAGGACGGACAACUUGAGGACAAGAUAACAAAUGUACUAUCACAGAUUGGAAAUCAGCUUCAGGCCUUCGAUAUGAAGUAUGAAAUCAAACAGUCAGUCAUCAGAGCACUUGAUGCAAUUGAGGACAUCAUCGGACAGAUUGAUUUACAGAAGCUCACAGAAAACAGUGCUGCGUGGUUGCGAGAGCUUGAUUCUAAAUAUUUAAUCCUAGAGAAAAUCAAAGACAAAUUGUUUGAGAUGAAACAGGCCAUUGAAAACUUUGACAUCAACAUGUUUUUCCAAGAUGUAAUGGAUUACCUUCUCUCAGCUGAUUUGGCCAUGUACAUAGAGCAGCUAUCAUACAAAGUCCCUUCUUCAGAGAUCGCAAAAGUGAUUGAAUCUAUGAAUGAUGUUCUUGUCAACUGGAUUGAUGAAUAUGAGAUCCCCAACAAACUCAAUGCAGUAUAUUCUUACAUCAGGGAUCUACUUUUGAAAUAUGAUCUUGAUGAUAAAUUUAAAGAAUUAAUGGAUCAGGUAGUGAUUCUGAUCAAGGAAUUAAACAUUGAUGAGACUGUGCAGUUAAUGGUAGAUGCUCUGAAAUCUAUCAACUUUGAAUUUGUUUAUGAUAAAAUUAUGCAAUUUCUGCACAAUGUGACAAGGCAGCUCAGAGCAAUUGACUUUAAGAAAAGCAUUGAAUACCUUAAUGACCAUACUAAUUCAAUGCUUAAGUCAAUGAAGGAAUUUGACUACAGUGCAUUUGUUGAUGAGACCAACAAGAAGAUUGUUGAACUAACAGACUAUGUCAACCAGCAGAUUAAAACAUAUGAGAUUGUGCAAAAGAUUGAGGCAGUUAGGGAUUUUUUCAGAGAAAUCCAAAGUUCUAUCUUCACAUAUUUGGACAAACUCAAAACAACAAAGGUGGCUGACGCUCUACAGAAACUGAAAAAGGUGAUUGACACUACAUUUUACAAUGACAUCAAGAUGAAAGUGAAGGAUAUCCUUGAGGACAUUAGACAAAGAAUCUUUGAAAUGGACAUCAGAGAUGAAAUAUAUAUUUACCUCCAAAGAGCAAGUGAGUCCUACGGCAAUAUGGUUGCCUACAUUUCAGCACAAUUUAACCAAAUGAUAGAGAAGAUCAGAAAAGUGGUGAAGGAUAACAAGAUCAUCACCCAGAUGAAGAAAGCUGUAGAUAGAGUUGUAGCUACACUUAAAAGAGCUGAGAUUGAAAUUCCCACUUUUAUCAUACCUCUCACUGACCUUGCCAUUCCAGCAUUUACAAUCAACCUGAACAAACUGCAGGAGAUCAGCAUCCCAGCUCAAAUCUCAGUCCCUGAGUUCACCAUCCUCGGCUCCUACAGAGUUCCUACCUUUACCAUAGACUUUGAGGCGAUCAAAGCAAAAAUAGUUGAAAUCAUCGAUGAUAUCAGAAAAUAUGAGAUUCAAACACCUGACCCUGAGGAAAUCUUUGGUGACCUGAAAGUGCUCUACCUAUUUGAACUACCAGAUCUCACCUUCCCAGAAAUAACACUUUCAGAAAUAAAAUUUCCAGCCAUCAAUAUCCCCACAUUAAACCUGAAGGACUUUGAAAUCACAAUGCUUCCAAUCCCAGAGAUCAAAUUGCCUGAGGUUCCUAGUGACAUUUGUAUUCCAGUUUUUGGCAAACUCUAUGGAGAAUUUAGAGUGAACUCCCCACAAUACAAUCUUUUAACUACUGGGAAGAUUGAGAACACAACGUCCACAUCAAAAAACCCACAGUUUACAGCCACUAUUAGUUCUCAUGCCAAAUCACCCAUUGAUGCCCUUGAAUACACCUUUGAAGCCACUGCUCUGUUGGGAGCUCCAAGAAUGAAGAAGUUGCUAUUCACAGAAACAGUAAAAGCUACACACAUGGCCAUCUCCAUCGAUCAUGAAGGAUCCUUGACACUCGCUGGUAAUUCUGCUGAGGCUUCUGCAAGGACUACUAUCAAGGCCACAACCCAAAUGUACACAGCAGAUUUGCUAAACAAUAUGGCAUUUACAUUGAGAAGUGGAAUCUCUGCAGCCAUAGGCACAAUGUAUGACCACAACUUGCACAUCCCAUCAAUUGAAACUUCAAGUCAGGUAUCAGUGAUACAAAAUAUGGCAGCAACACUAGAAUCUGGCAUAAUUACAAUUACCGGCGAAACCACUGGUAAUGGACAGUGGACUAUUCAAGACUACUCUGACGGAGGUACACACAAAAGCAAUGUAGAAUUUAACAUCAAUUUUAGCACUGCCAAAUUAACUUUUGUAGGAGAAACAGACUGUAAGGCCUUGAAAUUGAAGCAAACGCUGACUGCUGAAUCAUUGAGUUUAGGCCACAUUACCGUUGAAGGAAGAUGUGAAACUGAAGCUCCAUCUGUCAAGACCAGUGUUAUGGUUUUAAAUGGAGAGGCUCACAUUGGGGACUUGAAAGUUGCACUAACAGCCUCUCAUGAUGUUGAAUUCACUGGAAGUCUUAUUGGACUCAUGUCCAGCUCGUUGGAAUUCAUGGCCCAUCCAUUUGAAAUUGUGUUUGAUGUUAAGAAUAAAGUAAACUCAAAGAUAUUCUUCCCCCUGAAACUCACUGGCAAGGUGGAUCUCCAGCAUGAUUAUGGCGUUAUACUAAACUCUGAGAGGCAGUGUGCUAGUUGGUUUGUUUUGGCAAGGUUCAACCAGUAUAAGUACAAUCACAACUUUACAGCAGAAAACAAUGAAAUGGAGAUCUUCUUUCACUCAUCAAUUAAUGGGGAGGCUAAUCUGGACUUUUUGACUGUUCCUCUCUCUAUCCCAGAUUUAACCAUACCAUAUUUUGAAAUUAAAACCCCAGAGGUCAGAGACCUCUCCCUGUGGGAUCAUGCUGGAUUCAAAACCUUUCUUACCACUCCUCAACAGUCAUUUGAUAUGAACUUGAAUCUUCACUACUACAAGAACCCUGAUGUGCACACCUUUGAAUUAUACCUUGAGCCAAUCUACAAUGCAAUCAGUGAUAAUGCUAACAUCAUACAGGCUCAAUUUGAACAAUGUAGAGACAAAGUAGUUGCACUUCUAAAAGAGUCGUACAACCAAGCGAAGUCACAGUAUAUCAAGCACAAAAUUGACACUUCUAGCCUGCCUCCUAGAAUCUUCACUGUCCCUGGAUACAAAAUACCAGUGUUAAAUCUUGAGGUUUCUGCUUUCAGGGCUGAGAUGCCAGUGUUCAGCUACUUCAUUCCCAAGGAGGUCAGUACACCAAGCUUUAAAGUUCCUGCACUGGGUUUCUCUGUGCCAUCCUAUACCCUUGUGCUACCAUCUUUGGAGUUACCUGUCAUCCAUGUUCCAGAAACUUUAAGUGAGAUAAAGCUUCCCACUUUCACACUACCAGUCAUUCAGAACAAAAUUGCAAUUCCAGCCAUGGGUAACAUGACUUGUGACUUCUCCUUCAAAUCCACUGUUGUUAGCUUAAGUGCUAAUGCUGGCCUUUCCAACCAGUCUGACAUUGUUGCUCGAUUUGGUGCUUCCUCAACAUCUGUGUUUGACAUUUUGAAUGGAAAAAUUGAUGGCACCACCAGUUUGACAAGGAAGACGGGAAUAAAACUGGCCACCACAGUGUCCCUGGAGCAUAACAAUAUGGAAGCAAUCCAUGAAUGUGCUGUUAGUCUCACUAAAAGAAGCAUGGAAGCUUCUGUAGCCAGCACUGCAAAAAUCAAUCUAUCCUUCCUCAAUCUAGAAUUUAAUCAGGAACUUACUGGAAAUACCAGGACCAAGCCAAAUGUUGCUUCCAAGAAAAAACUAAAAUACAUGUUUAACAUUCCUCUGAUUGAGUGUGUAGGCAAAGGAAACCUUGAUAUGAACUUGGCACUGGAAGCACUUUCCUCAUAUGUGUCACUGGAGACCUCUAUCCAAGGGAAGUCAGACAUAACAAUAAUGGACAGUUUGAACGUUGCUGGUGAUCUAGAAAAUGAGGCCAAUUUCUACCUUAAUGCCAAUAGCCUACGUUCAACUGUCAGUACUUCCAUAAACUCAAACAUUGAGAAACAAGAGAGACAAAAGCGAAGCUCAAACAAUAACAUCUUCCAGUUUGACUUGAAUAAGAGCUUGGCUCUUGAGGUCUCCUUGCGGCGUCUUUUUGCAAAAGCUGAUUAUACAAGUAAUAACAAUGUUGAUUUUGCAUCUUUUAACACAAAUGGAAGGCAUGUUAUUAAAGGAGAACUAGAUUUUGUUCCUUUAACAACACUCACAACUGCAUUGAUCAUUGAGGCAAGUCAGCCAAGUAGUUUUGGUCAUGCUGGACUCAUUCAGAGCAUUAAUCUCUCCGUCAGCUCAGCGAAGCAGAUGUUCACCUGGAGUGGUAAGGAACAGCUGGCAUCUCUCAUCCAUGCUCAGGACUUACUUGUGUCCAAUGGUGAAAAUGAGGUACGCAUGGACUUGGCUGGAUCAGUGGAAGGUCAUCUGGCUUUCUUGAAGUCAGUUAAGCUUCCUGUAUAUCAGAAGACCCUCUGGGAUGUGCUUAAGUUUGAUCAGGUCACAGAUAUGGACAACUUACAACUACUUAACAUUUCUUCCAGCAUUGUUUACACAAAGGCCAUGGAGGGCCAGGAGUAUACAAUACCAUUUAAACUACUCGAGAAUGGCAUCAUGUUUAGCAUGCCUGAGAUUAGCAUUGCAGUGCCUUCUUGGAUAAAAGAAAUUCCUCACUCCAUAAGGAACAUAGAUAUGCGAUUUGAAAACCUGGAUGUCCCUGAUCGUAUCACUCUUCCCCCAGUAAUCUCAGUUCCAGCCAUUGAUGUGCCAUUUACCAACUUGCAUGUGGAACCCUUUACAAUUGAUCCUAAGAAUCUUCGCAUCCCUGAAGUGAUCACCACCACAGCCUUUGAAAUCCUGCUGCCUGGUUUGCCAAUAAUGUCAGUACCCAGUUAUGAUGUUAAAACAGACUAUCUACAGGGGAAAAUGUCCUUUCUUUCAUUCAAGAUGCCACAAUAUGAAAUCACAGUGUCAUCAUUCACCCUACCAAAAUCAUUUACCAUUGGAGGGCACACAAUCAGCCUUAAUGAAAUCACAAGCCAGAUUUCAAACUUUGAAAUUCCAACCAUCCUCAUUCCAGAGCAAAAAAUAGAAAUUCCUGAAAUUGCCCUACACCUGCCUUCAAGUGUGUUUAUCCCGGCUUUUGGAGCACUCAGUGCCACUCUGAAGGUUUCCUCCCCUAUUUAUAAUGUGUCAACCACUGCCAACCUGGAGACAAAGGACUCUAGCCUUGUAACUUCACUGAAUUCCAUCUGUACUUCUACCAUGAGCCUUUUGGAAUAUGAUCUAUCUGCCAUUGCAACUCUUGGAUUUGAUAAUGGAGUAACCAAUCUACACGCAAAGUGCAGCUUGAUUCAUAAUGAUGUAAAUGUUGACUGGCAACACGUUUUGGAACAAAACCCGAGGAUGAAGCGGCAAACUCCUAUGGCGGAUUUGAUGGAGUCCCGUCAUACUCUUAAUGUUGACAUCACCAGCCAAACAUUUUUUGAUCUGAGCUUCCGCUUUGCAUCCCACAAAGACGGCAUCACUGCAUCUAUGUCUUCCCCUUCAUGCGGUUUCCUUGCUUUGCAUCUUCAGCGGAGGUCUACUUCGCAGCUGUUUGGAAAACUGUUCAGUCGCUACCUGUCUACUCCUGAAAAGGAUACUGAUGUUUUCACUGCCAAAGCCACACUUAGAAACUCUCAGAAGUUAAUCUUACAGACGUCAUGGAAUUGGGAUUUCCUCCAUGACGUGACUGAAGGGACCAAGGACAGGAUUCCUGCUAUGACCGAUGCUGUGCUCAAGUUCAUCAACAAGUAUCACACCGCCCAUUUUGGCUUUGACCUCAACCGUGGCAGCAUGAAGCUGAAAAACACAAUUUUCUAUGUCAUAGAGAGAGCCCAUCAUGAGAUCCCUAUGCCCUUUUACACUCUGCAGAAUUCAAUCAAACACAUCAGUGAUCAAGGAAAAGACAUGUACAGGAAGGCCUCUGACAGGUUGAUAUCCAUGAGAAUGCAGAAUGUUAUAGACAGGUUGGCUCAUGAGGCUAGACAAGUCUUGAAAAGCAGUGUAGAUAAGAUUUAUGCCUUGCUAGAUGCAAUCACACAGAUAUUGAGUGACAAGAAGUUUACAGUGCCCGGAUCUGAAGAGAAUCUCUCAACCCUAGAAAUGUUCCAGCGAGCUCGUCGGUCUGUAUCGAGAGCCACUGACCGGGCAGUCCAAAGGUUUGCCAGCAUCGUGGAGGAGAUUUCUAGAUACAUCAGGGAAAUAGAGUUCACCAUACCGGGAACUGAUGUUGUCGUUAAUGGAAAUGAGUUCAUGGAUAAAGUGAAGUCUUCCACGAGAUUUGUAUAUAAUAAGCUAAAACAUUCAGUGCGCAGGAUGCUCAGUUUACUUCACACAACGGUUGAUGACCUUGUCCAGGUGUUUGCUGAAAAAGGUGAGAAUUUCAUUACAUACCUACAAGAUGAAAACUUGAAAAUUGCUUCAAAAGUUGAUGCCAUCCAUGCAGAAGUUUUGCAGUCUUCAACACAACAUAUUGAGGAGGCAAAGAGAUUUGUGUCUGCGUAUAAAGACCUGACCAAACUGAAGAUACAAGAGGCUCAUAAUGCUCUUAAUAUAGAGCAUCUAAAUAAUGAUACCAAAAAGCUUAUUAGUAUUUUGCAGUCACAUUUGUAUGGAGGACUUAAUGAAGGCGUUGAUUUAAUGAGAAGGACUUCCCACAUCACAGCACCAUACAUCAGAGUGAGCAAUAAAAAGAUGGACAUUGAAAUUCCUUUACCCUUCCUGUGGAAGUCUUUCAGCGAAUGGCCAAAGCAAUCCAGGUACUGA